AUGAUAUUUAAAAUUGGUCCAAAUUUUGAAGAAAUAUUCGAUCGAAUGCGCACGCCCCGUGUCUCUAACACGAUUCGGAAUAUCAAGGAGUUCGUUACAGGUCCGCGGGAAUAUGAUGAGCAGAAAGGAUGGAUCAACGAAAUGAGUUCAUUAAUAAGAUAUCGUCAUGUGUGGAUGCAACGAUACCUAUUUCUUAAAGAGGAGGUUAUCAAGUGUGCUACACGAGGGAAACUCGAAGAAAUACACACGCUAGAGAGUCAUGGCUCCAAACACUGGAGGCAUAAGCUGGAGGAUCUGGGAUAUAUACGGUGCCCCGACGGCGCAACCGUACGACAAUACAGGCAAUAUAGUUUCCGGAGCUCGUGGGGGUUGUUGUGCAAGAGCAUGCCAGUGUUGCCUGAAACCACGCAUGUCCUGACAAGACGGUUUACUAUGCCCACUGCAUGCUUACAUGCGGGUGCUGUGUCCGCAGCCGUGGAUAUGUUUAUCUUGACAAGGAAUAUGGCGAGGGCAUUGGCGGGUUUUUUGGGGUUAAGGAUAGGGCUUUUGCUAUUGAAGAGUAGGAUGGUCGAGCUGUGGUUCUGUAAGCCUUGUAUCGCGGAGGGAAAGCCAUGUUGCUGGCAUCUAGUUUAA